UCGAUAUGAAUUUCUCAUUAAUAACUCUGGUUACCGAGAAAAUGACAAGAAGACCAAAAGGGUCGGUCAUGAUAAUGCUCCUAAACCUACCUCUCCUCCAAGCAAACCUCAAUCACACAUCCAGCUUGUUUGUUUCAGCCUCGUAUCUCUUCCUCUGAAUUUUCCCACAAAAAGAAAAAACAACCAUGCUUGAUCCUGGGACAAAACUGCUCCAAAAUGGUACCCGAUCCUCUGAUCAAAUCAGUCAUGUAAGUGACAGUUUUGAUAGUUAUCAAGCCCGGAACUAUGGUUCCCGGGCUCGAAAAGCAGCUCAAAACUACAAGAAAUAUAACAGCUGGAAUGGCAUGGAAGUGCGGCUUGCACCAGAAAAGAAGGCGGUCGACGACUCUGAUAUCUGUUCGCCACCUUUAUGGACGACAAGUCCGCCGGAAAGCCCUCAGCACCGGGCAAACCACUACCGGAGCCUGUCUCCAAAAUCGAGAACCGAAGCCAUUGCCAGAGGCCAGCAGGAGCUCAUGGAAAUGGUACGGAACAUGCCUGAGUCGUGCUACGAACUUACAUUGAAGGAUCUCGUGGAGCAGCCCUUGGUUGAGCCUCCGCGAGAGAGCGUGUCCGAAGAGAGAGAUCCGAGCACUGAAGUUGUGUAUAGGAGGGAGAGCAGCAAGAAGAUGAGUGAUAAGAGAGCACUCGCGAGAAGAAGUACCGGCGGAAUGGAUGGCGGAGGGCUUUAUCUUAAGAUGGGUUUUCCCAUGUUUUUAGGGUCGAGGAAGAACAAUAAGAAAAAUGAGUCUGUCACAAAUACUAAUGCAAAAGUCUCUCCCAAGCCUCCGGUGCCGGAUGGAUCUGCAAAGGUUGUAGAUAAGGAGUGGUGGAAGAAGAGAUUUUCGGUCUCCGGGGAGAGUGAAAGUGGUGGGUCGAUUAGCAAUAGCGGAAGCAUGAAAAGCAGCGGCAGCAGCAGCAGCAGCAGCAGAAGCAGCAUCGACAGAAACAGAAGCAGAAGCAGCAGCAGGCAUGGGAGUGGUAGCUGCUGGUGCUUCAUCCGCACCAAGAAAAAGCAUAUUUCAGAGUAAAUAAGCUGCCUCUAAUUAAAAAAGAAAAUAGGGGGUACAAUAUAUAUUUUGAUGUAAUUAUCCUUCAAAUAAUGUUUAGUUACACUAGAGUAUACAAGAUCAUUGCAGAGAAAGUUUGCAACUUAGUAUGUUUAUAUUCUUUACAGAUUUUCAAUGAGUGCAUCUUUUUUCUCCCUUUUUUUUUUUUUGUUUCCUGUGUUCUUGCCAAUAGAUGAGUGUUGUUUUGUAUUAUCAGUUCCAAAAUUUUACAGAGUUCAUGAGUAAUCUGUGAAGGGUAUCUGUAUUAUUAUAAUCAAAAGAGCAAGUUCUUCAUCUUAGAUUUUGUCAUCUCCAAUCAUAUUUAUCGAUACGACACAUUUUAAGCGAUCGUCUAUUUAAGAGAGAAUGAGGUAAUUAGCUACUUAAAAUGUUCUGCAUCAACAGGUGUAAUUGGAGAUUAGCAUAUUCCCAAUAUCCAAUCUCAGUAAGAUCCAGGAAUACGCAAUGACUAUGACAUGAAAGACUUUUGGUUCAAGCCAACACAAUCUUGACAGCCAGCCUUUAAAAUGGGAAAAAAAAUGGUUUUCUCAGGUCAUCUAGAAGCAUGUCCAGAUUCAAGUCAAUGGAAUAAGCCUAAAGUAAUUCAGAAGCUUGGAAAAAAUGGCGUCAAUGGUAUGAACAAGACUAUGCCAUUGCAGAAGAUAAGCUAAAUUACUUGAACCUCCAUCCAUUACCCACCAUUUUUUUGUUCUUUCUGGAUUCUCUUUGGCAAUUUACAUCCAAUGUUAUGUGUUGCAAAAAUACACAGGACAGGACAGGACGGACUGGCCCAGCUGGAGAGGCCUUUUCAUUCUUUAGUUUUUGCUUUCCCGUCUAAAACAAAAGAAAAAAAAAAGUAGGAUAACAAUGGAGCCUAAUAACGUUGCAUUCAAGCAGCAAAAAUAGCUUUUAAUAAAGUUGGAGAUCCGUUGUAGAGCAACAAUACGUCAAAAAGACUUGUCUCCAAAAAUUGCCUGAUAA